GUUUCCACCUCACCCCUCCCCUCCUCCUGGCCAGCUUUUCAUCCGAAAACAGGGCAACUGCUGUGAUCGCAAAUAUCCUCAUCCUCGAGAGCUUUCGAUCUCAUCCGAAUUUCACCAUGGCGCAAGCACCCGUCGCCGUCGUCUGCGUCGGCAUGGCAGGCUCUGGAAAGACGACAUUCAUGCAGAGAAUUAACUCCCAUCUCCACUCGAAGAAAACGGUCCCCUAUGUGCUCAACCUAGACCCUGCCGUCCACACGGUCCCCUUCGAGAGCAACAUCGACAUCCGUGACUCGAUCAAUUACCGAGAGGUCAUGAAGCAGUACAACCUGGGUCCCAACGGCGGAAUUCUCACGUCCUUGAAUCUCUUCGCCACCAAGGUCGACCAGAUCAUCUCCCUACUGGAAAAGCGCACCGCAUCGAACCCCAGCAACCCAACCGCCAAGCCCAUCGAGCACAUCCUCGUCGACACCCCAGGACAGAUUGAGGUCUUCGUAUGGAGUGCAUCCGGAAGCAUUCUUCUCGAAACCCUGGCGUCCUCGUUCCCUACUGUUAUCGCCUACGUCAUUGACACCCCUCGUACCAGCUCCACGAGCACCUUUAUGAGCAACAUGCUUUAUGCCUGCAGUAUUCUGUACAAGACGAAGCUGCCGAUGAUUCUUGUCUUCAACAAAACCGACGUCCAGGAUGCCGAGUUUGCCAAGGAAUGGAUGGCCGAUUUCGAUGCGUUCCAGAAGGCGCUUCGGGAGGAAGAGGAGUCGGGCGCGUUUGGCUCAGAGGGUGGAGCUGGAGGCUUUGGCGCUGGAAGUGGAUACAUGGGUUCGCUUCUGAACAGCAUGAGUUUGAUGUUGGAGGAGUUUUACAGGCACUUGAACGUCGUCGGAGUCAGCUCCAUGACAGGUGAUGGCAUUGAUGAGUUCUUUGCCGCCGUGGAGGAGAAGCGUCAGGAAUUCGAGCGCGACUACAAGCCCGAGCUGGAGCGCAAGAAGAAGGAGCGGGAAGAAACCAAGUCUGCACAGCGUGAACUGGAGCUGGGCAAGCUGAUGAAGGAUAUGAAUGUCUCGGGGACUAGUCGAAGCAAGCGUGGGGAAAAUGAGGCCGAGACCGUCAGCGAGGCCGAAGAGGAGGAGGAAGCCUCAGCUGCAGCUGCACGGAGAGGCGAGGAGGAGGACGAUGACGAUUCCGACGAGGAAGGGUAUGGUGCUCCUGCUGGUGACACUGAGGGGCUCUCGCAACGGUAUCAGGAUGCGCUUGCAGACCAGCACGCGGGUCCUUCUGAUGCGGACAACAGCUUUGCAAGAUACUUGCGCGCCAGCAACAUCAACCAGUGAGGCUGGGAUAUCUGCAUUUUUCCUUUUGCUUCAUCUUGGUGUUAUGAGGGCGUUAAUAUAUGGUUUAUUGAUUCACUCAUGAAUAAAUGAAUAGACAACAUUUGAACCACUC